GCGCUGCACGGGGCUCUGGAGGGGCUGGCGCUGGGGCUGCGGCCGGGCGGGGCGGCGGCUCUGCGGGUGCUGCUGGCGCUGCUGCUGCACAAGGGCGCCGUGGCCUUCGGCCUCGCCCUGGAGCUGCUGCGCCUGCGGCUGCGCCCGCCCGCCGUGGCCGCGUGCCUGGCGCUGCUGGCCCUCGUGUGCCCGCUGGGCGUCGGGGCGGGCGCGGCGCUGGCGGCGGCGGGAGCGGGGCCCAGGCAGCGCCUGUGCCGGGCGGUGCUGCAGGGCCUGGCCGGGGGCACCUUCCUCUACGUGACCACCCUGGAGGUGCUGCCCCGCGAGCUGGGCGAGCCCGGGCACCGCGUGCCCAAGGUCAUCCUCGUCCUGGCGGGCUUCGCGCUGGUCAGCGCCGUCCUCUUCGUCAGGGGGUGAGAGCGACACCCCCCACACGCUCCCCACCCCGGGGAUGGGAAGAGACUCCCCCCCCUCAAGGCUGGGAAACCCCCCCCCUCACCUUGAGGGACCCCCUGGGAAUUCAGUCACCCCCCUGGGGAACCCCGAGAAUUCAGUCACCCCUCCCGGGGAACUGUUGGGAAUUCAGUCACUCCUCUUCACCUUGGGGGACCCCCUGGGAAUUCAGUCAGCCCCCUCGACUUGGGAGACCCUCACCAGAGUGGGAAGAGACCCCUGGGCUGGGAAACCACCCCCCUCAACUUGGGGGACCUCCUGGGAAUUCAGUCACCUCCUCUUGCCUUGGGGGACCCCCUGGGAAUUCAGUCACUCCCCCUUGACUUGGGAGACCCUCCCCAGAGUGGGAAGAGACCCCUGGGCUGGGAACCACCCCCCCUCACCUCAAGGGACCCCCCGGGAAUUCAGUCACUCCCCUCAGGACCCUCUGAGAAUUCAGUCACUCCCCCUCAACUUGGGAGACCCUCCCCAGAGUGGGAAGAGAUCCCUGGGCUGGGGAACCCCCUCCUUCGCCUUGAGGGACCUCCUGGAAAUUCAGUCACCCCCCUGGAGACCCUCUGGGAAUUGAGUCACCCCCCCUUGACUUGGGAGACCCUCCCCAGAGUGGGAAGAGAC